GGGCCGGGGCUGCCAUGGCCGCGCUGGGGCUGCGAGCGGGGUCCAGGCUGCUGAGGGAGCCGCGGGCCCGGGGCAGGCUCGGGGCAGCGGGGCCGGGACGGGCAUCACAGUGCUUGAUCAGAAGAACAUUUUUUGGAUGCCCUCUAACUAAAGGAGGUUCUGGUCUGGUUCAAAAGACUAAAGAUGUUUGUUUGAGGUUCUGCAGACCACAAAGUUCUACAGCAGCUGCUGGCACAUCUGGAGAGGAUGCCUUGCUGAAAUGGGGCCUUCUCCUCGUCCCUCUGACCACAUUCGGUCUCGGCACAUGGCAGGUUCAGCGGCGCAAGUGGAAAUUAGAUUUGAUUGCACAGCUGGCAUCAAGAAUCACAGCAGAUCCCAUCCCUCUGCCAUUAGACCCCAUGGAACUGAAGGAGUUGGAGUACAGACCUGUGCAGGUCAGAGGGCGUUUUGACCACUCCAAGGAGCUCUACAUCCUGCCCCGCUCCCUGCUGGACCCCGAGCGGGAAGCGCGGGAAGCCGGGAGGAUCACAUCCCACCCGGAGAACGGAGCCAACGUCGUCACCCCCUUCCACUGCACAGAGCUCGGGGUCACAAUUUUAGUCAACCGAGGAUUUGUGCCCAGGAAGAAAUUGAAACCAGAGACGAGGCUGAAGGGACAGAUUGAAGAUGAAAUUGAUCUCACAGGGGUGGUGAGACUAACAGAAAAAAGGAAACCCUUUGUGCCUGAAAAUAACAUUGAAAAAAACCGCUGGCACUACCGGGACCUGGAGGCCAUGGCCAAGGUGACUGGUGCUGAGCCCAUCUUCAUCGAUGCAGAUUUCAGUACAGUUUGUGUGCUGCAACUUCCUUCCUGUGGUACAAGAAAUUUAUACAGAAGCUACCUGUGUGAGGGGAAGGAAGAAACAUCUUUGUGCUACAGUCAAGAACAGACUUUUAUGGAUGACAGGAGCCCAGUCAUAAAUAACUGAAGCACCUGGAAUUCCAAAGCAGUUUCAGCAAACAUGUUAUCAAGCUGCAAAUAAGACUUUAAGCAAUCCCUGCAAACUGAGCUCCCACCACUGUGAUUUGGCUGCAGCUUGGGAACACUGAACUUCAAUAGUAAUCACAAGAAUACAUUUUUCUAUCGUGGUUGGUUGUAUGAUACAAUUUUAACAUCUCCAUUUUUUUUUCCUUUAAGACAAACCCAGAGGAUUUUGUGAAUCAGUCUAUUUGCAGCAAGUAGUCCUCCCUGAAGUCAGGAAUGGCUCACAGCAGUUGCACAAAAUAAAUAAAGGCCGCCAGGUCUUUGCCUUGUGA